AUAAAAGAAACGAACAUUUUAUUAAAAUUGCAAGUAUUUAAACUUACAACAGAGAGCAGAGUUGGAGCCACUUUGGGACAACCGGAACAAAACUAAACUAAAAUAUUAAAAUUUAACUGAGAACGGAGCGGAGAAUGGAGUUCCGGGCCUUAAAGACCCGGAAGAAGGCUUGAUUAGAAUGAAGGGGCGAAGCCCUCCUUUUAUAGGAGAAAUUUUCACUCCAGGCCUCCGACAGGCGUGGGCCUGGAGUAGUAGUGCGUAUGGCUGCGCAGCCAGCCGACUUUGACCAUACUUCUUUAGCCCACCCCACGGCCCACACAACACAAAUUUUUUCCACAAAAGAAGAAUGUAACUCUUCAAGAAUCAAGAGAACAUACUCUCCUGAGGAUCGCUGCCUCUAAAGAAUCCAUGGAAACUGCUCGAUCACAAUCGGGCAUGUUUGGGUUUCUGCUCUCUCACCCGUUUCCUUCCAGUUCCGGUGGAGGAGGCGAUCCUCUGAUCAUCAACCCCGCCUUCCUCCGCGCCGCCUCUGCUUCACUGCACGUGGUUUUGUUGCUCUCUCUCUUCGUGCAUUGGUUGUCGCAGAAGGCGAAGAACAAUCCGGUGAAUGUCCAGAAGCGCAGUUCCGCGUGCUUCAAGUCCGUCAUUUUCUCUUGUUUGGGUUUCUCGCUUCUGAAUUUCGUUCUCUGUUUCCUGUCUCUGUUUUGUUGGUAUACAAAUGGCUGGUCUGAUGAAAAAAUUCUGGUCCUUUUUGAUUUCUCAGUAAAAACCUUUUCUUGGUUUGCAAUCUUCUUUGUAUUGUUCAGUCGGAGGAAUUCGGGUGGAAUUGUUAAGUACCCAUUUGUUUUGAGGGUCUGGUGGGGCUUUUUCUUCGCCCUCUCAUGUUACUGCUUUGCCGCAGACAUUGUUUAUCACAAAAAGAAAGGAGCUUUGCCCAUUCAAUAUUGGAUUGCUGACGCAGUUUCAUCUGUGUUUGGCUUGUUCUUAUGUUUGGUGUGUUUAUUGAGUGGAAAAGAAGGAGGAGAUGAGAUUCUUAGGCAACCCCUAUUAAAUGGUGUUGAUGUGAAAGAAGAAAGUUCUGGAGAUGAAACUGUGACUGCAUUUGCCAAAGCCAAUUUUUUUAGUAAACUCACAUUUUCUUGGAUGGGUCCUCUGAUUUCUGUUGGCAACACGAAAAUAUUGGACCUUAAGGAUGUUCCUCAGCUUUCUGGUUUGGAUAGUGUUAGAGAAGCCUUCCCAGUUUUUCAAGAUAGGGUAGAAACUGCCAGUGUUGGGAGUGAUAAACUAACCACGUUCAUGCUUGCGAAAGCUUUAGUUGUCACAGCAUGGAAGGACAUUCUCUUAUCUGGAUUCUGCGCAAUCUCCUACACAUUAGCUUCAUAUAUUGGACCCUACCUCAUUGACACCUUUGUUCAGUUCCUCAAUGGAAAACAAGAUUUUAGGAAUGAAGGUUAUGUCUUGGUGUCUGUGUUCUGUGUAGCAAAGAUGGUUGAGUGCUUGUCGAUGAGGCACUGGUUCUUUAAGGUGCAGCAGGCGGGGUACCGGGCACGUGCCACGCUGGUCGCCAAAAUAUAUGACAAAGGCUUGACCCUUUCAUGUCAUUCAAAACAGACUCACACCAGUGGAGAGAUCAUCAAUUUUAUGACUGUUGAUGCUGAGAGGAUUGGUGAGUUUGGUUGGUACAUUCAUGACCCUUGGGUAGUACUCCUACAAGUGGGUCUUGCACUGGCUAUUCUCUACAGGAAUCUUGGGCUUGCUUCGAUUGCGGCUUUGGUUGCCACUGUUAUAGUGAUGUUGGCAAACAUCCCUCUGGGGAAAUUUGAAGAGAAAUUCCAAGGCAAACUUAUGGAAUCCAAAGAUGCCAGGAUGAAGGCAAUGUCCGAAGUCUUGAAGAACAUGAGAAUCCUCAAACUUCAAGCUUGGGAGAUGAAGUUUUUGUCCAAAAUUAUUAACCUCAGAAACAAUGAAGCAGGAUGGCUGAAAAAAUAUGUUUACACUUCAUCUGUGGCUACUUUUGUCUUUUGGAUGGCCCCAACGUUUGUGUCGGUAGCUACAUUUUUCGCUGCAAUGCUUAUGGGCAUUCCACUUGAAUCAGGAAAAGUGCUCUCUGCACUUGCCACAUUUAGGAUACUCCAGGAGGCAAUUUACAAUCUUCCAGAUACAAUAGCAAUGAUUGUUCAGACUAAAGUCUCCCUCGAUCGAAUUGCAUCAUUUCUUUCCCUUGAUGACCUCCAACUGGAUGCCAUAGAGAAGCUUCCAAGAGGCAGUUCUGGUGUAUCGAUUGAGAUUAUUGAUGGGAAUUUCAGCUGGAACGAACCAUCUACUGCACCAUUUCUCAAGGACAUUCAUCUUAAGGUUGAGAAUGGCAUGAGAGUUGCCAUUUGUGGCACUGUUGGGUCCGGAAAGUCAAGUUUGCUAAAUUGCAUUUUGGGAGAAAUGCCCAAAUCAUCAGGAAGUGUUAAGAUAUGCGGGACUACGGCCUAUGUUUCUCAGUCACCCUGGAUACAAGGGGGGAAAAUCGAAGAAAACAUAUUGUUCGGUAAGAAGAUGGACAGAGAGAAGUACGAAAGAGUUCUUGAAGCAUGUUCCUUGAAGAAAGAUUUGGAAAUCCUCUCCUUUGGUGAUCAAACAGUCAUAGGGGAGAGAGGUAUCAACUUGAGUGGUGGGCAGAAACAAAGGGUGCAGAUUGCACGCGCUUUGUACCAAGAUGCUGACAUUUAUCUUUUUGAUGAUCCAUUCAGUGCCGUGGAUGCUCACACCGGAACACAUCUGUUCAAUGAGUGCAUAUUGGGUCUGCUGAAGUCAAAGACAAUAAUAUAUGUCACACAUCAAAUAGAGUUCUUACCCGCUGCAGAUUUGAUCUUGGUUAUAAAAGAUGGAAGGAUUACGCAAUCUGGAAAAUACAAAGAUAUACUCGAACACGGUAGUGACUUCAUGGAACUAGUGGGUGCUCACAAGGAAGCUUUAUCUUCAAUAGAUCAACUUGGGGGAAGUGAGGGAGUCACAAGUAAACAAAAUAGUAGCUUUACUAGUAUCACGAACUCUAUUCAGAACGAAGAUGUUCAGAAUGGUGAAUCUGAUAGUGCUGCGAAACCAACAGCCCAACUUGUCCAAGAGGAAGAAAGGGAGAAAGGUAGUGUGAGUUUAUCUGUUUAUUGGAGGUAUAUCACUACAGCAUAUGGAGGGGCCUUAGUUCCCUUCAUAUUGUUGGCACACAUACUCUUUCAGGCCUUUCAAGUGGGAAGCAACUAUUGGAUGGCUUGGGCUACUCCGGUGUCAGAAACUGAGACACCUCCAGUUGGAAGUUCUACACUCAUCAUUGUUUAUGUUGCUUUAGCCAUUGGAAGUUCCAUUUGCAUCCUUGGAAGAUCCUUGAUGCUUGUGACCGCCGGAUACAAGACAGCAACUCAACUGUUUAAUAAAAUGCACUUGUGCAUUUUCCGCGCUCCAAUGUCUUUUUUUGAUGCCACCCCGUGCGGGCGCAUUCUAAAUAGGGCAUCCACAGACCAAAGUGCAGUUGAUCUGUACAUUCCAUACCAAGUGGGAACUUUUGCCUUCACCAUAAUCCAGCUUGUCAGUAUCAUUGCAGUUAUGUCUCAAGUUGCAUGGCAGGUUUUCAUUGUUUUCAUUCCAGUGAUCGCAUUGUGCAUCUGGUUAGAGCAAUAUUACAUACCUUCAGCGCGAGAACUGGCACGGUUAACUGGAAUAUGUAAGGCUCCAGUCAUACAACACUUUGCUGAAACUAUAUCAGGAUCUACUACAAUUAGAAGUUUUGACCAGGAGGCCAGAUUUCACGAGUUGAGCAUGAAUCUGAUUGAUGGAUAUAAUCGUCCAAAGUUUCAUGCUGCUGGUGCUAUGGAGUGGCUUUGCUUCCGGUUGGAUGUGCUGUCUGUGGUCACUUUUGCCUUUUCAUUGGUGUUCUUGAUCUCUGUUCCACUUGGAACCAUUAAUGCCAGUGCUGCCGGCUUAGCUGUGACAUAUGGGCUUAAUCUCAACACUUUACUAGCUUGGGUUGUAUGGAAUCUUUGCAACAUGGAGAACAAAAUCAUUUCAGUAGAAAGAAUACUUCAGUACAACACUAUCCCUAGUGAGCCCCCUCUCAUUGUUGAAUCCAACAGACCAGACCCGAAUUGGCCCUCAAACGGAGAGGUUUAUAUCAACAAUCUUCAGGUUCGAUAUGCCCCGCAUAUGCCUCUUGUUUUACGAGGCAUCACGUGCACUUUGUUUGGAGGGAAGAAGACUGGUGUGGUUGGGAGGACAGGCAGUGGCAAGUCAACUCUUAUACAGACCAUCUUCCGUAUAGUUGAACCGGCUUAUGGAGAAAUAGCUAUAGAUGGUGUCAAUAUAUCCACGAUCGGGCUGCACGAUUUGCGGUCUAGGCUGAGCAUUAUUCCACAAGAUCCAACCAUGUUUGAGGGUACCGUCCGUAGCAAUCUGGACCCACUUGAAGAGUACACAGAUGAACAAAUUUGGGAGGCUCUGGAUAAGUGUCAACUGGGAGAUGAAGUGAGAAAAAAGGAAGGCAAACUCGAUUCUUCAGUAAGCGAGAAUGGAGAGAACUGGAGCAUGGGACAGAGGCAGCUUGUGUGCCUUGGCCGCGUGCUCCUGAAACAGAGCAAGAUUCUGGUACUUGAUGAAGCCACGGCAUCAGUGGACACCGCAACAGACAAUCUGAUACAACAAACCCUCAAACAACACUUCUCAGACUCCACUGUUAUAACCAUCGCGCAUAGGAUCACGUCCGUGUUGGACAGCAACAUGGUUCUGCUCUUAGAUCAAGGUUUGAUUGCGGAAUAUGACACGCCGGAGAGUCUGCUUGAGAACAGAUCCUCAUUGUUUGCCAAGCUUGUAGCAGAAUAUAGCUCAAGAUCAAGUUCUAGUUUUGAAAGUGUGUCUUGACUCUUGACCAUGAUUAUGGUUACUAUUGUCAUCAGAGUUGUAGCAAUGAUGCUUAAAAUGGGCAAUAACUUCUGGUUUUGCAUCUGUUUACAACUCUUGAGUGUAUCAAAGUUGUGAAUCCCAAGCAAUGCUAGACCCCAUGGAGAUCUCUUUUUAAGGACUUUGCCUAUAAUGAUUCAUUCC